GCCCGAGCUCAAUCCCGCGCAGAGAUUUGCCGUUUUGCUGCUCUUCCUCUUCUUCCCUUCUUGCGCAUUGCAAGCCCCAAGCGACAACAACCCGGCAGGCCACUCUGCUUGCCCGCGAGUAUUAAUAUCCCCACGCGACAACCACGAGAAAACCAUGGCCGAAUCUUCGGGAUCCCAGCUCUACGGCACGCAGUCGGAUGCCUACGCCGCCACGCACGACUUGCACCACCGCGCCGGCAGCAAGGAGAGGAUGCCCAUCGGCGGAGAGGAAGUCAGCGUCGACGAUGCCGACGAGCUGCUCGCCGCCAUGGGCUACAAGCCCGAGCUGGUGCGGACCCGUUCGACGUUGCAGGUGGCCUUCAUGUCCUUCGUCCUGGCCUCCAUCCCCUACGGCCUCUCCACCACCUUCUACUACCCCCUCGUAGGAGGCGGGCCCGCAAACAUCAUCUGGGGCUUCGUCGGCGUCUCCCUCAUCAUCCUGUGCGUCGCCAUCUCCCUGGGGGAAAUCACCUCUGUAUUUCCGACCGCCGGCGGCGUCUACUACCAGACGUGGAUGCUGGCGAAUCCCGCAUAUCGACACAUCGCAUCGUGGAUCUGCGGCUGGUCCUUUGUCGUUGGCAACAUCACCAUCACCCUGGCCGUCAACUUCGGGACCACCCUCUUCCUCGUCGGUUGUUUGAACGUCUUCGGCGGCGAGGACGGUAUCUUGGAGGGCAACCGAUGGCAGGUCUAUCUGCUCUUCUUGGCCAUCACCUUACUGUGCAAUGCCGUUUCCGCCCUGGGUAACAAGUGGCUACCUUGGUUAGACACCUUUGCCAUCUUCUGGACCUUUGCUGGAGUCAUCGCAAUCGUCAUCUGCACCUUGGCCAUUGCAAAGAACGGCCGCAACGAUGCCUCGUAUGUCUUUGGCGAGUUCAACCCCAGCCUGUCCGGCUGGCCUGCUGGCUGGUCCUUUUGCAUUGGCUUGUUGCAGGCUGCCUACGUCACGUCGUCCACCGGCAUGAUCAUCUCCAUGUGCGAAGAAGUCCGCCACCCCUCGACCCAGGUCCCCAAAGCCAUGGUCUACACCAUCCUCCUCAAUCUCGCCUGCGGCUGCCUCUUCCUCAUCCCCCUCCUCUUCGUCAUGCCCGACCAGGAAUUCCUCGCCAACCUCGCCUCCGGCCAGCCCCUGCCACCCAUCAUCUACAACGCCGUCGGGCACGCCGGCGGCACCUUUGCCCUGACGAUUCCCCUGCUGGUCCUGGGCAUCCUGUGCGGAAUCGCGUGCACCACGGCGGCGAGUAGAUGCACGUGGGCGUUUGCCAGGGAUGGCGCGAUUCCGGGAGCGCAGUGGUGGAAGACGGUGAAUGCGAGGUUGGAUGUUCCGCUCAAUGCCAUGAUGCUGAGCAUGGCCGUGCAGCUGUUGCUCGGCCUCAUCUAUUUCGGGUCCUCGGCCGCCUUCAACGCCUUCUCUGGUGUGGGUGUCAUUUGCCUGACGCUCAGCUAUGCGUGCCCGAUUGCGGUGAGCGUCCUGGGCGGGAGGAAGCUGAUCGCCGAAGGGAGCUACAAUUUCGGCGCCUUCGGACUCGUCGCCAACGUCAUUGCUCUGGCCUGGUCCCUCCUCGCCAUCCCCCUCUUCUGCAUGCCCACCGCCAUCCCCGUCACGGCCGAGCUGAUGAACUACGCUUCCGUCGUCUUCGCCGGCUUCUUCGUCAUUGCCACCACGUGGUACUUUGUGUGGGGCAAGAAGCAUUACCAGGGCCCGCCCACGCACGAGGUGGCCGAGUUCCAGGCGGCCAGGAGGGCGAGUAUCACGAGCGAGGUGGUGCCGAAGUGAGAGAUGACAGAGGUAGCAGGGCGAGCGUUUUGUUGAUUCGAAAGUCGGAGUGAGAAGUGCGAUGCUUUUUGCAUAUCUUUUUGUU